GCAGUCGGUUUUUUGGAGAGUGUUGGAAUACAUUUUUUUGCGAAUUCAAUGAAGUUGUCGCGGUUUAGACUUUUGCUGCUCUCCUGUUUCUUAAUUAUUGAGCAGGCGCCGCAGACGACGAGAGCAUCCAAGAUUUUGGCGGUGUAUGCCUUUCCAGGAAAGAGUCACUACAUGAUGCACACAGCACUGAUCAGGGAGCUUAUAGCCAAUGGCCACCAAGUAACCAUGAUAGCAGCCUUUUCACUGGAGUCCCAAAAACUGGGCAGCAACUACACGGAGAUAUUAAUAGAGCCCGUCUACGAUUUCUGGCAUGAUGUGAAACUCAGCUUUGGGGCUCAACAUCUGUUCGAGCUCACGCGUAUGGACAACUACGACUUUCUGAAAAUGCUCCAGAUUAUUGGACUGAAGACCACAGAGCAUGCGCUGAAGCAGCCCAAGGUGCAGGCCCUCAUCCAUGCCAAGGAGACGGAGGGUGUCUUUGAUUUGUUGUUGGCCGAGCAAUUCUAUCAGGAGGCCUUCCUAGCCCUCGCCUACAAGUACCGCAUACCGAUUGUAACCACCAGCACGCUGGGCUAUGAGAACCACAUGAGCCAGAUGAUGGGACUGAUCACGCCCUGGUCUUUCGUGCCACACGGUUUUCUGCCCUUCACCGAUCGUAUGUCGUUCUUCGAACGGCUAAAGAACAGCUUCGUCUCGAUGUUCGAAGACCUGCAUCGCCUGCUUAUCUACUUUCCACAAAUGGAUGCCUUAACUCAACAACAUUUCGGCAAUGUGCUCGCAGAAGUUCCAAAGGUCAAGGAUAUGGAGCAUCAAAUUUCGGUAAUGCUGCUCAACAGUCAUGCUCCACUGACCACGGCCCGACCCACCGUAGACGCUAUGAUACCUGUGGGUGGCAUGCACAUAUAUCCCCCCAAGCCGUUGCCCGCCGACAUCAAAGCGUUUUUAGACGGAGCUACCGACGGCGCCAUCUUCUUCAGUCUGGGCAGCAAUGUGCAGAGCAAGGAUAUGCCAGCGGAUAUGGUACAGCUAUUUCUGGAUGUCUUCAGGUCGCUGAAACAGCGCAUCCUCUGGAAAUUUGAAGAUGACAUGGGUGCUCUUCCCCCAAAUGUAAUGAUCAAGAAGUGGAUGCCCCAGGCCGAUAUUCUGGCGCAUCGUAAUGUGAAGGUGUUUAUCACGCAUGGUGGUCUGUUUGGCACCCAAGAAGGAGUUCACUAUGCAGUGCCCUUGCUGGGCAUACCCUUCUAUUGUGAUCAGCAUCUGAACAUGAAUAAAGCUGUGCUGGGAGGCUAUGCCAUUAGUCUGCACUUCCAGUCGAUCACAAAGGAUAUACUCAGGGACUCGCUAAUGCAGCUGAUAUACAAUGCCACCUUUAAGGAGAAUAUGAAGCAAGUCUCGGCCGUCUUUCGGGACAGGGCGAUGGAUGCCCGCAAGAGCGCCGUCUACUGGAUAGAAUACGUCAUACGUCACAAGGGAGCGCCUCACAUGCAUUUGGCCGGCUUGGAUCUCAACUGGUUCCAAUUCUAUUUACUCGAUGUUAUUCUUUUCGUAGUAGCGACUAUCAUUUUUACGCUCCUAGUUCUAUGGCUGGUAGUCCGGCUCCUGCUUGGUAGCGACAGAAACUACAGAAAGGCCAAGCGGCAUUGAAACAAUAUUUGAUCGAUAGACUUAUUGAUGAGAGCCAGUUUUUAAAGUUGUACUAAAUAGUUUAUAGUACUUAUAUAGUUAGUAGUUAUGUAGAACAAACAUUUUACAAAGGCUUCGAAAUAUUUACGGCUUACAGGGACUCUAUCAGUAGGGGCUAGUUGUAGGAAUUACUUCACACCGACCGCACAAUUUUCGCGAUUUUCCGGAAACAAAUUAAUGUCGACACAUUUGUUCAUCACUAGAUUCGGGUUGAAACUGAGGAUGUCAUUCAUUUUAUCGCUCACUUCAUUUAGAAAUUUCCAAAGUUAAUGUUCAGAUGAAAGUCAACGCACGCUGUGCUCUGAUUAAUGUACUCGGCAGACUAUACAGACAGAAUUAUCAGGUUUGCAGCAUACCCGUAUAAUUAAAUGGGCACCAGGAAGUCGCAUUUCAGAGCCAAAUGGAAUCACAAAUAUGAAGCCCAAAAAUUGUAAUUAUAAUGAAAAAAGUAAAUAGGUAAAUAGAAAAAUCUCACAGCAUGUAAUAAAU